AUGCACCAGAUUAGAAGGGACUCAAGCUUCAAAAAUGAUAUUCGACUGCGAAUACGAGUGGCCUAUUCCUCAGGGAUCCGUAUGCAAAGUUACUUGCCAAAGAGGCUUACUGUUCCGGCCACAGGGGCAAGACAACGUCUUCGAAAAUGGACCGUCUGUGAAGUGCCGUUGCAGAAGCAAAAAUGCAAAGUCCAGAGGCCAAAGGGACGCUGUGUUCAAGACCCAAACUCGGUCGAGCCUGUUACUACCGUGGCUCCUGUGGCAUGCUUACGGCUGAAGCCUCCUCUUCAGCCUGGCUUUGAGCUGGACGGCCCGUGCAUCUUUCCGAUGGAUCCCGGAGCCGAGUGCAAGAUCAAGUGUCCGAAGGGAAAAUCUGGCUGGGGAAAAUGUGUCUGCCGACAAGACGAGUUUGGCCGCGCGGAUUCCGACGCAAUCGACUAUCUCAGCGGCCCCAGUUGCGAUUUUCAACUGCCGUCGGUUUGCUCUUCUUCUGAAUCCGGAACAAACGAAGAUGUUGGCUGUUCAACUUCGGGCGAUUUCGAUGGAUUCUCCGUCACCGGUGAUCUGGUAGGACCCUCAACUUCCUGCCCAAUGACAUGCGAUGGAAGCGCCAACGACGAUCUCAGAGCAGUGUGCCGGUGCAAAGAGCGAAACGAGUGCGAAUGGGUGCCCAAGAAGCCGUGCAGCGCUCUCGCCCCAGAAUGCCCCGAUCCAAGCACAGUCGACUUCGGCGAAGGCUUUUCUGUAUCAUGCUCUGACGAAUGCAAGUGCAAAAAGCAAUCUUGUCAAUGGGCGAAUAUCAAGGGAAAAUGCAACUUGUCAGACGAUCCAGACGGAAUAACGACGGAUGGGGUGGAAACAAAAACGUCGUGCAAAGCGAAUUUGCCAGACUCAAUCAGACAUCUGGAGUGCUCUUUGAUGAUUAUGGGGGUUGGCUCUGUAUUCAACGUAGAAAACGCUGGAUCAGUUCCUGACGGUGCCAAUUGCAAAGUCCAGUGUUCCGACGACUUUCAGACUUGGAAUGGCGAUCUAGUGACGUGCGCCUGCUCCGCGAAUAAGAACAAAUGCAAGAUGAAACUAAAGGGCGAAUGUGGUCUGGGCAAAACUGCCUUGUAA